AUGCGUCCGGCUUUGGCCCUGGUGCGGCAAGCGGCUCUCCAGCCCAGAGCACUUCAAGCCCGACCUUUGCUCCGACCAGCCCUCGCCAACGUCGGCUGCAGCCACUGGGCGCGCGACUAUUCCGCCAAACCGAAGCCGCCGAAGGAGCCGCCAGUUGAGAUCGCCGAGGAGACGCUCGAGGCCGACUUCUUCGAGGAGGUCGAGAUUGAAGCCGACCCAGUAUGGGAGGGCGAGGAGGUCUCGGAGGGCGUGUUCAUGUCCGCCAUGCCUGUUCCGGACCUGGACGAGAGCGAGCUGGAGGAGAAGUUUGUGCGCGGCCGUGGCCCCGGAGGUCAAGCGAUCAACAAGACAAACUCAUCCGUGUCGCUCCUGCACAAGCCAACGGGCAUCCGAAUCCAGAGUCAGCCAACUCGUUCUAGAGCUCAGAAUCGAGUCAUCGCCCGGCAAAUCCUGAAGGAGCGGCUGGACCUCAUGCGUGCCCGCGGUGAGCUUGAGGGCAUUGAGCCUUCGCAGCCCCAGUCUGCCGAUCCCGCGACCAUGAACCGCAAGGAAAGGCUUGCGGCCGAGGCUCGCACAUGGAGCAAGCAGGAGCUGCGGUGGGAGAAGGAGAGGCGGAGGAAACAGAACCGCAAGAAGAAGGUCAAUAAGAGGAAGAACAAGGAGGGCAAGGAAGAGGCGGAGGCUGAGGCUGAGGAGUGA